AUGCCGGGAAGGCUUCCAGAUGGCCAAGAAAUGGCUGUUAAAAGGCUUUCAGAAGACUCCCGUCAAGGUCUUAGAGAAUUUACAAAUGAAGUCCAAUUAGUAGCCAAGCUUCAACACAGAAACCUUGUCAAACUUUUGGGAUUUUGUUUGGAAGGCGAAGAAAAGCUACUUGUUUAUGAAUUUGUGUCCAACUUGAGUUUGGACAGAUUCCUAUUUGAUCCAAACAGGCGCAAGUACUUGGACUGGGAAACACGGUUCAAAAUCAUAACAGGAAUUGCACGAGGACUUUUGUACCUCCAUGAAGAUUCUCGUGUCAAGAUUAUACACCGGGACUUAAAAAUAAGUAACAUUUUGUUGGAUGAAGAGAUGAACCCAAAGAUAGCAGACUUUGGCACAGCAAGGCUAGUGAAAAUUGAUGCUACACAAGCCAAUACUUCAAAAGUUUUCGGAACAUCUGGAUAUAUGGCUCCAGAAUAUGCAAUUUCAGGAGUAUUUUCUAUAAAGUCAGAUGUCUACAGUUUCGGGGUCAUGGUCUUGGAAAUUAUUAGUGCGCAAAAGAAUAAUUUGUUUACUCGAGCACUUGGGCAUAACAGCCUUAUAAACCAUGCAAGGAAACUUUGGAACACAGGGACUACUAUAGAACUAGUUGAUCCAUCACUAGGAAACAACUUUUCAAGAACUGAAGUCAUAAGAUGUAUCCAAGUAGGGCUAUUCUGUGUUCAAGAGGACCCUUCAAGUAGACCAACAAUGGAAUCAGCCCUCCUCAUUCUUCAGAACAACUCCUCUGACGUCCAGUUUCCACUGUGCCUUUCAGCAGUAUCCUCUGACACAAAUGUGCGAGGUGAGCAUAUAACUGAACAAGAUCAAUUUCGAAGUCUGGAAAGUGACGAGGGUUAUAACAGAAACUUGACAGCGCAAUUCACAGACUUGUACCCACGUUAACAAUCUCACAAUUACAAGAUAUAUACUUUCCCCUAUGUUAUUGCCCCUCUCCCCUUUUCCCUGAUCCAUUUAGGAUUGCCAUGAUUCAGAAAGUGUAUAUACUUUAUGUAUUGAUUCAGAAACAGGCUUCUUUGUAUAUUCAAUUGACCAAUUAACACUGCAAAUGGUGUAUGUUUACGUUGAAACCAACUAAAUUACAUGUUCAUGCCUGUAUUUGUCAAGCAUAACCAAGAUUUACACAGAUGAAGGAAGACAGCUUACACAACCAAAAUUUUAAAAAUUAGAGUUCUAACAAGGGAAUAAAUUGCACCUUAACAUUUAAAACUAAUUCUCCGAUAACUAAGUUUUGAAUUAAAAUAGUGGCACAAAUACCAAUGAGGUCUUGUCCUUGUAGUUAAUUAUAUAAGACCAUGGCCUAUGUACCAUAGGUUAUAGGCUCGAAUCCCUUUCCCCAUUUGCAAUUUGUAUUACCCUUGUGGCUAAUUCUCACCCAAAAAUGGCACAACAUUCAAUUAACCACCUUGUUCACUCAACUGAUAGGUUAUAGGUUCAAAUUCCCCCUCCACAGUUUGCAUUGCCCUUUUCGCUUAUUCGCACCAAAAAAUAAUAAAAAAUUGGCAAAACAUUCAAUUAACCAUCUUGUUCACUCAAUAGGUUAUAGGUUCAAAUUCCUUCCCCCAUUUGCAAUUUGUAUUGCCAUUAUGGCUUAUUCGCACCCAAAAAAAGUGGGCACAACAUUCAAUUAACCAUCUUGUUCACUCAAUUGAAAUGUUGAAACUACAUCCUUCACUUAGUACCAUAAAUCCAGGUAGUACAGAUAGGGAGUAGUAAAUGGCUUAAGCUCAAAAGCUUGAAGAGCUUUAGCGUUAGAUUAAAAAUUCGAUCAGCCACUGGUUCGCCAAAUUAAGGAAUCGAAGUACUUAAACAAGCGCAAACAUUUAAACUUCAAAGAACAAAUUGAAGAAGAACAAUGUAAAAAUAAAGUAAUUAAAUUGAGUAGAUUAG